CAAUGUCUCUUUUGCUUAAGGUAAAUUCCCUCGUCUUGUCUGCUUAGAGCAAUAGUCCUACCCUGCCAUCUAUACUUCAUCCCCUGCACUCUUUCACUGGGCUUUCCAACACGCGCACUUGCUCUUGCCUCGCCUGGCCUCGCCUCCUUCCCGUCCGCGCCACCCACGCUCUCCACAGUCCGCACCCAGAAAAAGGAAAGGCCCCCCCGACCCAAACCCAGACACACCCAGACCAGACUCGAAGCAGCAAACAAGCAAGAGCGUGCCCAACCAGGUUUCUGCGACAAUUAAACGCAGAGCACCGCAGCUCCCUCCAUUUCUCUCCGCUCCCACUCCAGAUACAGUAUAGAUCCAUCGGCACCACGCUCAAAGCAGUAUCUCCACCACCUUUUUUUGUUCUUCCUGUCGCGGUUCGUUCGUGGUAAUACAAACAAGAGCUCUUCCUCUUUUGAGAUAAUCGAAUCCAAGCCAAUUUGAGACGAAUAUCGACUCGCAGACACCAUGGCCGACAUCACAGACCAGCACGACCAGACCUCUCCCACUGAGCUCGACGACUCACAGAACGUUGGCAAUGGCAACGCCACUGAGUCUCGCGGCAUCAAGCGCCAGCGUCCUUCAGCUGGCGACGACGACGACGAUGAUGACGAGAAGGGCAGUCGCGAGCGUCGCAAGAUUGAGAUCAAGUUCAUCAGCGAUAAAUCUCGUCGACACAUUACGUUCUCCAAGCGCAAGGCUGGAAUCAUGAAGAAGGCCUACGAACUCUCUGUCCUCACAGGUACCCAGGUUCUACUUCUCGUAGUUUCAGAAACCGGUCUCGUUUACACCUUCACCACACCCAAGCUGCAGCCCCUGGUUACCAAGUCUGAGGGCAAGAAUUUGAUCCAGGCUUGUCUUAAUGCUCCUGAGCCCACUCCAGGCAACGAGAAUGGCGUCGAUGGCGGCGACCAAGUAGAGUCUCCAGAAGAACCACCUAACCAGCACCUCCCUCCUCAGGGCAACCGACCUGGCAUGCCUCAAAACCCUCACAUGCCCAACAACUACAUGCCCAACAUGCCCAUGGAUCCUCAGCAGGCUCUGGCUUAUCAGAGCUACGUACAACGGAAUCAGGCUUAUGGCUCUGGCAUACCUCCUCAACCAGGUAUGCCUGCUAACAGUCAUCACCAGUCAUAAUGACGUCCGACUCCAAAGAUCCGUCUUCGGUCAAUGAUACCCGGCGCUCAAUGCUUUCUCGAGACGCCGUCUCUCGACCUUGCACGCCCCUCCUUGACACCAGAGCUGUCUUGUGAGGUCCCGGUGAAAAGGCGUUGGUUGGUGUUGAUUUGCCACCUGCAUUUCUCUUUGGUUUUUUUUUUUACUUUCUUGAAAUUACAUCAAGGCUUUCAGGCCACAGCCAAGUCUGACGAGCCUUUGAGCGGAAAUAUAAUAAUCGCAUCUGGGAGCAGUGGGUUUACGGGCAGUAAAUCCCAACCUCGCGACCACGAAUAACUACACGUGUCGCUUUCGAGAUCAACAGUCUGCGGCCGAUGCCGGGAGAGCUCCCAUGGUCAACAGCACUGCCAUGGUUUUAUGUGAUCAAAGGCUCCGUGGAAGCUGGUGCCUUGGCACCGUGGGACAUUUGCGUGCGGUGGAAGCAUGUUGGAGUGAAGAGGUGUUGUGAUUGAAGAUCACGAAGAGGCGCGUUUGGCUUGUGAAUUACAUCAGAGUGUUUGGGAUGGCAGGGAAUGGAUGGGAUGAAGGCACGAACGUUUACGGAAUGGGUACUUCAUGCAGAUUUGACGUCUAUCAUGGGCCAAAAGAGACGAAGGAAGGAUGCUUUCAACGCGGUUUUACCAAACUGUUCCUCUUUUCGCAUUGAAUGUCGAAUGUAAAUAUGUAUUGGACUAGUGAGCCAACAUCUCCGCGCUCAGGCAAGAUGUUGCAAGUGGGUUAUUGGAGUUUGGCCCAAUGAAUAAGUAUAAACCGGACUUUCCCAAUAUGGACAUUCCACCGCUGAAAAGCUACUCUACCCCAGAUUUGUAGGAACG